AGUAGCUCCAGCCUCAAGCAAAGAAGCAGCCAGCUACAGAUGCCUUGGCUAAAACUAAAGCAACCCCUGCACUGCACUGCAUACCAGCAAGUCCUUCAACCCCUGCAACCUCAUCAUAUCAUAGAUCUGCACACAAGGCACGGACAUAACUGUCUCUUGCGCUCUUCUGGUAUAAGUAACUACUAGGUGCCAUCCGGAGGUGCAGAUCGAUCGAUGGGUUAGAUUUCUGGUUUGCUGGGCCUCCAUUGAAAUACUAGUCGUCAUGCCUCGAAAGAGGAUUUUUCCGAAUACUAUCAAAGAAGCCGUGCAAGAGAUAAUCCCCUAUUUGGAGGAUACGAGCAAUGCUGCACACAAGGCCAUCUAUUUUGAUGGAUGGAAUGGGCUGGCUGCUUCGGCGGUGCUUAGAGCUAUAGUUGAAGACCCUCCGCAAUCUCUGCUCAAGAAACUCAACAAGAUCAUUCACGUCGAUUGCUCGAUGUGGAAAAGCCGAAGAGAGCUCCAGAGGACAAUUGCACAAGAACUGAAGCUUCCUCAUCGGAUAAUUGAUCUUAUUGAUAGGCAAGAUGAAGAAGAUGAUUUCAAAGGGAUUGAUGAAGCCUCCAGAGCUGAGAUACGAUUGGUUGGGGCAGAGAUUAAUUGGGCCCUAAAAGAGCACAUGUGUUUAGUGGUCUUUCACAAUGGGAGUGACAAGACAAUUGAACUGAAUGAUCUGGGCAUUCCCCAAACUUGGGAUCAAUGGUCUGCUCUUCGUAGUAAAGUAUUGUGGACAUUUAGAGGAAGGCUUCGUCUUGACUCAGAAAUUAGCGGAAAGGUCGAUAAUUCACAUCUUUUUCUCUAUGAUGAGUACAGUACUCAAGGGUGGAAUUAUUUGCUGCAAAAUGAGGCUGGAGAAAUUGCUGGGUGCGCAGAUAAGCUUGGUGUAGCAGCUACUGAGUGUUGCUUGUAUCUCUUGUCAUUAAAUUCUCAAGGAGGCAAUAUCAUGGACUAUGACUGGGCCACACAUGCUUCUAACUAUUGGGUAUGUGAUGGGAUUAUACAAGGAGGUCAGGGUGAUGAAGCAUGGGAGGUUGCAGCUGCUAUGCAUCAAAACAUAAAUAUAGGGGAUUAUUCAUCGUUGCCCUCUUUUGGCCAUAAACUGGAGACUCCUCUGAAACGAUGGAUAUUAUCCAAGGGCAGAUCUAAUGCACUGCCCUCUUUUGGUAGUAAACUGAAGACUCCUCCUAAACGGUGGAUAUUGGCCAAGGACAACUCUGUUGUGCCUCCAGAGUCAACAUCAUUUUUCUUUGCAAGUGAUUCUGCUUCUUUAUUAAGAUCCUUACCUAAUGACAUGUUUCAUCAAUCAGAGAAUCUUCAUGUGCUCAAAUUAUGCCAUUGCAUCUUCAGUUUUUCCUCUCCUCCUUUUCGUCUUUGCCACAACUUGAGAUUCCUUGGAUUAGAUGGCUGCAAGGACCAGCGAGCAGAAGAAGAUGAGGAGCAAGAUAUGGAUUUUUUGAAGAGCCUAUGGGUGAUAGACAUACACAAUACAGACUGGCAUCUGCCUUCAUCACCAGAGAUAAUAAAGCAGAUGGCUGCAAACAUUAGGGAAGUACAUAUAAAGAAUGGAAGGUUUUGGCACAUCAUUUCUGCAUUGGGACAACCACAAAAUCUUCACAAGCUUCGAGUUAUUGACCCUACAUGCUGCUCUUUGGAGACAGGCUUGCCCAGCUUGUCAGGUGCAACUAGCCUCAAGACACUGGUUCUAGAUGGUUGUGUUGGUUUGGAGCAUGUUGAAGGACUCCCUCCAUCACUUGAAUCAUUCAGCUUAGAUGCAAGACCAAGAAAAGAUGAUUUCAAGGAAGCCAAAAUAAGCCGCAUCUCCUUGGCUGGUUGUGCAAGAUUGUCUGAAUUCACACUGAGGGGAUCACUUCCAAGCCUUGAGGAGUUGGACCUCUCAGCCACAAGAGUUAAGACACUUGACCUCACAACUCAGGUGGUGCAGGUCCCGUGUCUCCAACGAGUCAUGCUAUUGGGAUGUGAGCAACUUCGUGCUAUUCUAUGGCCAAAAGAGGGUCUGCCAACACUGAGAGUGCUGCAUAUUGAUUCCUCAGUCUGUCCCGUUCAAACAAAACUGCAUGAUGUGUAUGUUACUAUGAUGGACAUAAGGUUUUCUCAGUCCUUGGUAUUACAGAGCAGUGCUCGAUUCUGUUGGAAGAGCAAUAGGUUCCAUCUAAAUCUUUGUGUCCCUUGUAACGCCAAUGUUAAAGGACAAAGCUACAUGAAGGAGAAGAUGGUCCCCGGUAAUAGUGGGCAAAUAAUAGGUCCUUCUCAACCAAAGUCAUUAUCCUCCAAUACUUGCAGCACCUACAUGGAUGUCUCUGUUGGCAACAUAAUUGUUGAUCACGACUACAACAAUGGAAUGCAGUUUCAGCCGUCAGGCUGCCAUGUUGCGAUUGGUAAGGGAAUUAGCAAUGCUAACGUGGAGAGUGAAGAAGCAAUCAAGGCAAUCAUCUUUGUGAUGAACAAUGUUGAGUCGCUGCAUGUGCAUGACAAUUCUUCCAUCACCACUGUCAUCCCUGAACAUAUGAUGUCCAUAGAAAGUAAUGUACUUACAUGGAGUCAUCUGAAAUCUUGUCACGUGGUGAGAUGCCCAAAGAUGCAUACGGUCUUCAAUAUUGUCUGUGGAUACUACGAAUUUAAAGAACUAGUAAACUUUUGGGCAGCUGAUCUCCCGAUGGCCCAUUGCAUUUGGAGCAAACAAAUGGCGUGGGAUUUUGAAGAUGAUGCUUCCUUUGCAAAACUAAAGAGCAUGCACCUAUUCUCUUGCCCGAGGCUCACAUUUGUCCUCCAGUGGUCCAGGUUAUACAUCUUGAGUAGCCUGGAGACCCUCCACAUCACCUUCUGUGGUGAUCUAAGGCAGGUGUUCCCCGUGGAGCCAGAGAUUCUGAAAAGAAUAGCUAGAUACCAUAAAGGCGUACUGGAACUGCCAAACUUGAAGCAUAUCUACCUGCAUCAGCUCUUCAAGCUGCAACAUAUAUGUGAAGCCAAGAUGUUUGCUCCCAAGCUUGAGACCAUCAGGGUCAGGGGAUGCUGGGGUUUGAGGCGGCUCCCGGCCGUCAGCCCAAACAGCCGUCCAGUUGUGGACUGCGAGAAGGACUGGUGGGAGAAGUUGGAGUGGGACGGGCUGGAGGCUGGCCAUGACCCUUCCCUCUUCGAGGCACGUCACUCGGCGUACUACAAGGAGCGCUUGCCUAGAGUCUCGGUUCUAUGGUGAGCCGACCAGACACCAUUCAG